AUGGUGAAUGAGACCCCUGCAACGUCCACUGGAUCGGAGUCACCUCCGACAAUCCGAGCAGCCCCCGUCCCCUACGAAGACACUCUUCCGGGCGACCGUCCUGUCGCCAUCCGAUCUGUCUCACUACCGGCGCCGAACGACACGCCACCGGACCCCAAUGGCCGAUCGCUCAGCACCAGCGCCGCCUCCCCUGGUUCCGAGAGACGCCCCGCCUCCUCACGCGAACAUUUGAAGAAUCAUGGAAAUGAGGGACUAGCACCACCGACCACCGAAGCGCAACCCCCUUCGCCCACUCGUGAACGCCCCCCUCUCGGCCCCCCCUCGCGCCCUGGGUCUCGACCUGGAUCUCGUUGGUCAGAGCGCAAAUGGAACGGUCUCCGCAAGAGAUCUGGAGAUUUUGAUCGCAAUGGAAUCAACACCGACAUCCCAACUGGGAGCCUUGAUGGAUUGGCCCAAUCAAUGAAGUUUACUACGCAUGGCAGUUUGAUCCGCCCGAGGAACCCCCUGAAGCCAGUGGAUCAGCAAUCGGUUGAUCAAUCAGACCGGAGUUCCAUACAACAAUCCAUUCAGCUAGACGGAGGCUCGACUUCCGAAAUCUCGCCCUCCCCGAGUCAAGGGGACGGGGUCAGUGAUACGCUGAGCGUGAACCGUCGUCUAUCGCAGUCCAAUGGUACCACUCGUCAGCGUCCGAAGCUCCUCAAUACUAGAGCCAUCUCCUCCGAUGAAGACAUGCUCUCUCGUCGCGUCCGGCUCAUGUAUGAGAGAGGCGAUGACCGGGUGACCGACGCGGAUGUGGCGAAAUCCAUGAAAUCGGGACACAGCGAUAUCUUGGAGGAGAACUCCAACUCUGACAUUGAAACAGUAUCAACCCCGGCUGCGGAUAUGAUCAAGCCUCCUCCAGGGGAUACCGGGAGAGCAUCUGCCGAAGUAGAGCGCAACAGACUGAAAAGAGAAACCGAAGAGUUGGCAGGUGGUGUCGAAUACUGGCAGAACGUGGGUGCAGAGCAGGUAGAUCGGUAUGGGUUCAUCCAUGCCGCACCUACUGACAGUGGCUCGGAGCCUCAUCCCAUCCAACGAGUGACCACAAGCCUUUUACUGGCUUCGGAGACUCCGAGGCGGAGACGCUCCAUCCGCCCGCCCACAGCUCUAGCUAGCAAUCGCUCUUUCAGUACUCGCUCUCCAACCCGCAAUAUGUCCCAGAGCUCUAAUACGGGUCGUCCAUCAUCAUCUGCCAGUACAAACAGUGCGCCCAUACGACGCAAUGGAUCGCGUCUGCGCUCUGCCACCAACCAUCUUCCCCACAACCGAGAUCGCAAAGUGACUGACGAAGCGGCUGAUAUGCUCACGCUACCAAUAGAAGAAGAGGAAGCUACCGAAGGGAAAGACACUCCAGCCGCACGUGCAGCUCGAAAGAAGGAGUGGGAACGCGAGGAUAAAUGGACGAAGAUGGCUAAACCGGUGAAGAAGAGCCGGGAUGGCGGAGGCAUGAAGUUCGAGUUUGAUACACGGAGCCCCAAGCUUAUUGAGCGAACUUGGAAGGGUAUUCCGGAUCGGUGGCGCUCAACGGCCUGGUAUUCUUUUCUUGAGGCCAGCGCCAGCCGUCAUGCAGAUAGUCCUUCCGAGGAAGAUCUCAUCAAUGCCUUUCACGAAUUCCAGUACAUGUCUUCUCCCGAUGAUAUGCAAAUCGAUAUCGAUGUGCCGCGCACGAUUUCAAGUCAUAUUAUGUUUCGGCGACGGUACCGUGGUGGACAAAGAUUACUGUUCCGCGUGCUUCAUGCUAUGUCAUUGUACUUCCCUGAUACUGGUUAUGUGCAAGGCAUGGCAGCUAUCACAGCUACGUUACUGGCAUAUUACGAUGAAGAACAUGCAUUCGUGAUGUUGGCUCGGCUUUGGAAAUUACGCGGCUUGGAGCAGCUCUACAAGUCUGGAUUUGCCGGUCUUAUGGAAGCAUUGGAUGACUUUGAACGUGAAUGGCUCGCAGGUGGCGAAGUCGCCACUCAACUGACUGAAGUUGGCAUUCCACCCACUGCUUAUGGAACACGCUGGUACCUCACUCUCUUUAAUUAUUCCAUUCCUUUCCCCGCACAACUUCGUGUUUGGGAUGUAUUCAUGCUCCUUGGCGAUGCCGAAGAUCCUUCCGCCCAUUCUCGACCGCCGACAUCUGGAAAGGGCGGUAAGAAAGAUGGAGGCACCUUUGGCCAGGGUUUAGAUGUCCUUCAUGCUACUUCUGCUGCUCUAAUUGAUGGCAUGCGCGACAUUAUCCUUGAAUCCGACUUUGAGAAUAUAAUGAAAGUUCUCACAAGCUGGGUUCCGAUUAAAGACGUCGAGGUCUUCAUGCGUGUUGCCAAGACUGAAUAUAAAGUUCAUCGUCGCAAAAAGACUGCUUGA